UGGUAUGUCUGCAACACAGAACAGUUGUCUGAAUCCCUUCAGCCUAUUUUUGUCCAGAGUUACCUUGACCAAGGAACACAGAUCUUCUUAAACAACAGCAUUGAGAAAUCAGGCUGGUUAUUUAUCCAGCUCUAUCACUCUUUUGUGUCCUCAAUUUUUAGCCUCUUUAUGUCUAGAACUUCUAUCAAUGGGCUGCUAGGAAGGGGCUCAAUGUUUGUGUUUUCCCCAGAACAAUUUCAAAGACUGCUUAAAAUAAAUCCAGAAUGGAAAUCCCACAGACUUCUUGAUUUGGGGGCUGGGGAUGGAGAAGUCACUAAAGUCAUGAGUCCUCACUUUGAAGAAAUCUAUGCCACUGAAUUGUCUGAAACUAUGAUAUGGCAGCUUCAGAAGAAGAAAUACAGGGUGCUUGGUAUAAAUGAAUGGCAAAACACAGGAUUUCAGUAUGAUGUUAUCAGCUGUUUGAAUUUGCUGGAUCGCUGUGAUCAACCACUGACUGUAUUAAAAGAUAUUAGAAGUGUACUGGAGCCAACUAGAGGCAGAGUCAUUCUAGCAUUAGUUCUGCCAUUUCACCCAUAUGUGGAAAAUAUAGGUGGCAAGUGGGAAAAACCCUCAGAAGUUCUGGAAAUCAAAGGGCACACUUGGGAAGAACAGGUGAAUAGCCUGCCAGAAGUUUUCAGUAAAGCUGGUUUUGCCAUAGAGGCUUUCACCAGACUGCCAUACCUAUGUGAAGGUGAUAUGUACAAUGACUACUAUGUACUAGAUGAUGCUGUCUUCGUCCUCAAGCCAGUGUGAGCGUGUAUGAAGUAAAUCUCCAGAAUCUAACCCAAGAAGCAGCCUCUGAAAGAGGGGUUUGAUUUAUGGUUACUUAAAGGGAGGGAAUUUGGGAAUUGCCAUGCUAAAUAAAUACCAUGUAAGAAAUUUAAAGGCCAAAAUACUAAUGUAUUUCUUUGUAGUAUGAUUAGGAAAAAAAGGUUGUUUUUUAAACGGACUCUUCAGUUGAGAAUUUCUUUUUUACCAGCUCUUAAACCAACAAUGCAUUCUGCAGUCCAGCAGUAACGGGGGAUAUUUUUUUAUACUUACCUGCAACAAGGAUCAGAUCCAAACAAAGCAAUAGUCCUAACAAUGAUGAAACUGAUACAAUGUGAACUGUUGUUAAAGAAAUCAAGUGAAAUCUGGCAAUAAAGUUAUCCAUUCAGUUCCAGCCUUGUUGAAUAUAAACUGUUGAAAUGGGUGUUCUUCCAUGCUAAGUUACUUUUCUCUAUUACUGUAAUUAUUCACAUGUUUUUAAUCAUGCUAAUAAACUUUUUUUGAGAUUAC